GGGCAGCAGCAGCAGGUGCGCGGAAACCGUGGCCUCGCUGUACCAGCGAGAAGUCGCCCCUGGCAGGGCUGUGUUUCAUUGCCGCUCGCGGCAGGGCAGUCCCUGUGUUCCCAGCCUGGCACCGGGGGCCCGGCUGGCGGCGGGAGCGCCGUUCGGGGCGGCGGGGGCGCUCUCGGUGCGCGGCGCGGGUGCGCGGUGCCUGCGGCCGGAGCGGCGAUGGGCUCCCACCUGCGGGCCGCCGCGCUCUGCGGCGCGGCGCUGGCGCUGGCGGGCGGCACGCUGGUAGCGCUCCGGGCCUGGGCUCGCCUGCGGAAGGCCCCGAUCGCGCUGCCCGCCUGCUCUACGGCCGCCGCUGCCGCUGCCGCCGCCGAUCAGGAUAAAGGACAUGGUAAGCAGAUCUUGGUGCUGGGCCUGGAUGGGGCUGGGAAGACCAGCGUUCUCUACUCCCUGGCAACUAACCGGGUCAAGCACAGCGUGGCUCCCACCGAGGGCUUCAAUGCCAUCUGCAUCAACACCGAAGAGUCCCAGAUGGAAUUUCUGGAGAUCGGGGGCAGUGAAUCUCUGCGUUCAUACUGGAAGAUGUACUUGCCCAAAGUGCUGUUGCUGGUCUAUGUAGUGGACUCGGCUGAUCAUGCCCGACUGCCUGAGGCAAAACAGCUGCUUCAUCAACUAAUCCAGAACAACUCCACCCUGCCUGUGGUAGUUCUGGCCAACAAGCAGGACCUCGAAGGUGCAUAUUGCAUCACUGAUAUUCACGAUGCUCUGGCGCUGUCUGAUAUUGGGGACAAGAGGAAGAUGUUCUUGAUUGGUACCCAUGUGGCAGAAGAUGGCUCUGAAAUCUCUUCCAGCAUGAAGGAUGCCAAGGAACUGAUAGGGCAGCUGGUUAUGGAAACACAGUGACAGCUCUUCCCUUACAACAUGGUGUUUGCAGCUGAGGGAGAGCAGGUGCUAGUGUAGGGUCAAUUUCCUGUGUGGCAGCUGAAAUGUAUAGAUAUGCUUUCCUGGUGGGUGUGGAAUUCCUCUGAAAGUGAUAUCUAGUUGGUAAGAAAAUCUUAAUUUAUAGUGGUUUGAAAAUACAUUUGAGAAGUAGUCUAUUUUUAGCACAUUUGUAGUCUGCCUCUCAGGCAGCAGAUUUAGGGGAAAACAUAGCUUAGAUGGGCUAGAUAGCUUCAUGUCAAAGAAGCAUGGUGAGAAUCAAGCACUGACUUCCAUGGAAGAAAGUUGCAUCCAGUGAAUUUUUCAUGGCUUGAUGUCUCAGGUUAAAGUGAAAUUUGUUUACUUUAGAGAUUUUACAGAACCCUUUUAACAGUGGUGUUCUGUUAAAAAUGAGACCUCACUUCUUGACAGUAUCAGAAAUUUAAAGUGCUGCAGCUAGUAUUUUUGACAGUGACAAUUGUUUCAGUGUUGGACCCAGUUGUUAUGGGAGUGGCAAAUGGGUAAUCUCUGGAAAUUGAUUUGGUUACUACUUCUUUAGUGGGCAAGAAUAAAGAAAUGAAAGCAGUAAUAUAUUAAGUGUUUCUUUGCCUACAGGCAGAAAACCAAAAUGGUGUAAUUUGAGGUAGUGACUGGAUGCUUUUAAGUUAAAUUGGCACCAAAGGUGGGACACUCGUCCAUCAGGUUGAGCAGCUUAUUUAAGCUUAGUCCGAGGUGUCCUCAAGCAAACCUGUUGAAAACCCUGUUAUUUCUUGACAGUGGUUUCUGUUAGCACAGCGAGUGAGGAAGGAGAUGAGCUGCUGAGGAGUGUCACUCUCCUAGUGUCCUCCUAGUUACACUCAAAGGCCAUGACCCAGGAACAGUCCUGUAAAGGACCCGUUGUGGACCCGCAUCUGUUGUACGAUACGACACUUUUCUAGUUUUGUGUUUUGUAACAGAUGCAUAAAGCAGAAAAUUCC